GAGUGAGACUGCAAAUAUUUCACUGCCACCGCAAUGAACACCAAACUAUUUACAAGGUCUAUUUCCCAGCUCACAAAACAGAUCUACCUUCAUCCGUCGUAUAAGAUCAGUUUUGGUAAGGCCGAGAACUCGUUGGCGAUUGGUCUGUUUGCCACGCCCGAUCUCACCAGAGAAGCUUUUGUUCCAAACCCUCAAUUCCUUCCAAAGUUGAACCAACUAAUAGGUGAAAGGGUCCACGAAGACUUCACGUUCAUAAUGGAGGCCAGCGUUAAUGCGAACUCAUUCAUGCCCAUUUACGAUCUCAGAGACGUACCCCGGUAUGGCCGAAUCCCUGAGAUUGAUAGUGUAUUUGGGUAUUUACAAGUGAGCGAUAAAGGGGAAAUGCUUAAAGGCACAUACCAGAACAAUGAUAUGUAUCAGUUGUACAACUCUACGGGGUUGAUUAUGUUAUCGGACUUUCUUCUUGAGGAGGUCAGAAAGCUCUAGAGUCUGUAAAUAGUUAAACCACACUCAACACCGGGACCACAGGUAAGGACCCAUACACCAUAGUAGACCACAGGUCAGGACACAUACACCAUAUAGACCAUAGGCGUAUCACGCCCUACCCAUACCACACCUGGUGCAAAAACCGAAAUCAAACUUCGGAAUUUAGUAGUCAGCCCGGGUCCCUAUCAGGAACCCGAUAAAGUAAGUCGC